AUGGUCACGUUUUGUUGGAGAGGAGAGUGUGAAAGAAUAGUGAGGCUUCCAGGGCAACCAGCUGUUGCCUUCCAGCAAUAUUCAGGAUAUAUUAGCGUUGAUCAAUACCAAAGCAGAGCUCUUUUCUACUACUUUGUGGAAGCCCACACCAAUCCCGCUUCCAAGCCUCUUGUUCUUUGGCUAAACGGAGGUCCUGGUUGUUCAUCUGUUGGUGCUGGAGCUUUUCUUGAGCACGGCCCUUUUAGGCCCAAAGCAGAUAUUUUGAUCUCAAAUAACUUCAGUUGGAACCAAGUUGCCAAUAUACUGUAUCUUGAAUCUCCUGCCGGCGUUGGCUUCUCAUUUUCUAAAAACACCACCUUCUACUCCAAAGUUAACGACAAAAUUACAGCACAAGACAAUUUAGUAUUUCUCCAGCGAUGGUUCAACAAAUUUCCUGAAUAUCGAUACCGAGAUUUGUACAUCACUGGAGAGAGCUAUGCUGGGCAUUAUGUUCCACAGCUCGCAAAACUCAUACUCGACUCCAAACUAAACAUUCAACUCAAAGCAAUAGCUAUAGGGAAUCCGCUGUUGGAAUUCAAUGUAGAUUUCAAUUCACGAGGCGAUUAUUUGUGGUCUCAUGGGGUGAUAUCAGAGGCCACAUAUAAACUUCUGAACACAGUCUGCAGCACUUCCCAAAUCACAAGAGAGUUCAUCAAAUGCAAUAUUUCUGCGGCAUGCUCUGAAGUUGACAAUUUGUUGUCGGAUGAAAUCUCUGAUUUCAUCAAUUUGUAUUCUGUGAACCUCGACGUGUGUGUGUCACCCACCACCCAAUUAAAGGCCCCACUUCGACUUCUCCAUUCAUCCACGUCAUCCUUAAAACCAUUAGGAGACCAAUCUUCUAAUCAAAAACCUCACUCCACCCGCCUCCCACAAUACUCGGAAGAUAGUGGGAAGAUAGAUGUUUGUAUUGAAGACGAAGUGGAUGCUUACUUAAAUAGAGUGGAUGUCCAAGAGGCUCUUCAUGCUCAGCUUGUUGGAGUUGCCAAUUGGAGCCUUUGCAGCGACAUUUUGGAGUAUGAUAUGAGAAAUCUAUUGACACCAACCAUUUACACUGUGGGUUCACUUGUGCGGUCUGGAGUAAGGGUUUUGGUGUACAGUGGAGAUCAAGACGCAGUGAUCCCCUUAAUUGGAAGUCGAAUUCUGGUGAAUAAGUUAGCAAACAAUUUGGGACUUAAUACAACUCUGCCUUACUCAACUUGGUUUUACAAACAACAGGUUGGAGGAUGGGUACAAACAUUUGGGGAUAAGAAUAUUCUGUCAUUUGCGACCAUCAGAGGAGCUGCUCAUCAAGCUCCCUACACAUCACCAGAAAGAUCAUUGGCACUCUUCACUGCUUUCCUAGCUGGAAAGAACCCAUAA